UCUAGAGUGAACUAGAGCGGAUCAAAACUUGUCGACUACACACAAACGGCUCGCGGGAGAAGUGGGGCAGCUCUUGACUUUGUGGAUUUUUUCUGAAGCGGAUUAUCCUUUCAACGUUAUACAACUGUCUCUUGCUAAGAAGACUGAUCUAGUAAGAGCAGACCGAAGGAACGAUGCCGCUUCUCCACAGAAAGCCGUUCGUCAGACAGAAACCUCCCUUGAACCUGAAACCAGAUGAAGAGGUUUUUCUCUGUAAAGUCACACACGAGAUCUUCAGAACAUACGACGAGUUCUUUGAGCGGACCAUCCUAUGCAACAGCCUGGUGUGGAGCUGUGCCGUGACGGGCAGACCAGGCCUGACCUAUCAGGAGGCCUUAGAGAACGAGCGGAGGGCCCGGCAGAGCCUGCAGAACUUCCCUCCCGCACUGGUUGUGCCCCUCCUACACCUGGUCACCCUCACCCACCGCACACGCCUGCACGAGAUCUGCGAUGACAUCUACUCUUAUGUCAAAGAGCGCUUCUUUGAGGGCGAAACUGUGGAAAUAGCGGGACGUGCAGGAGUCAGGCAGCUGUGUCGAAUCCUGGAGGUGCAGUCCCCUCACUCCAACGGGGCUCUGAACGGCCAUGUUAAGCACCACAUGGAGGGAGACUCCAUCGUCAUCAGCGACAGCGAUGAGGAGGGAAGCUCCAACUCCGUCAAGUCCCCCGUCCCACCGCUUAAUGGCAGGAAGAAGAAAGCCAGUGUCAGCCCAUCUGUGUUCAAGUAUAAAGUACUGCCUCUCAAGGUGGAUGGCUGUGAGCCUUUCAUUGUCAAGGCUGCUCAGAUCAGUCGAAAGAAGAGCAUCUUCUCACGAGACCGGCUGAAACUCCUGCUCAAACAGCACUGUGAACCCCAGAAUGGAGCCAUCAGACUCAAGGCUGCAACGAUUGUCAAGUACAAGCUGGCAGAACACAGUUUCUCCCACUUCUUCCCUGAUGAGCCGCCGGUCUUCCCCUUCAGUCCGCCUGGGAAGGGCCGCAGCCGUCCCCCCAACGGCUCGUCUCCUGAAGGACUGAAGGGGGGAGAGAGUGUGAAGCGUGCAGCUGAGGAGAAGCUGAGACUUAUGCAGCAGAAAGAGGAGAUGAUGAGCCUGGUGCUGGAGAAGGCCAAGCUGAAAAAGGAGAGGGAGGAUGCUUGGGAGGCCAGGAGGAAGGAGAAGGAGGACAAAGAGAGGAAACGGGAGGAGCUGAAGAGGCUGCUGGAGGAGGAGAAGCAGAAGAGAAGAGAGGAGAAGGAGAGGAUGAAGGUGGAGAAAGAGAAGGAGCGGGAGAAGCUGCGGGAGGAGAAGAAGAAAUACGCUGAGCGUCUGAAGCUGUGGAGUAAACCCAGAGAGGACAUGGAGUGUGAGGACCUUAAGGAGCUGCCGGCAGCCCUCCCGGUGAAGACCCGCCUGCCCCCGGAGCUGUUUGGAGAUGCCCUCAUGGUGCUGGAGUUCCUGCAGGCAUUCGGGGAGCUUUUUGACUUGAAGGACGAGUUCCCAGAGGGUAUCACUCUAGAGGUCCUGGAGGAGGCGCUGGUGGGCUGUGACCCUGAGGGGCCGCUGUGCGAGCUGCUCUUCUUCUUCCUGUCGGCCAUCUUCCAGGCCCUGGCUGAAGAGGAGGAGGAGGUGGCCCGGGACCAGGUGGCUGAGGCAGACACCAAAGAUCUGAGCGAGGCCCUGGAUGAGGACGCUGACCCCACGCAGUCAGCCCUCAGCGCCGUGGCGUCCCUGGCUGCAGCCUGGCCUCAGCUCUACCAAGGCUGCAGUCUGAAGCAGCUGGACCUGGACAGCUGCACCCUCUCUGAAAUCCUCCGGCUCCACAUCCUGUCGUCCGGGGCCGACUGCAGCUCGGCCAACGCCAAGUUCCGCUACCAGAAGCAGGGGGGCUUCGGCGCCACGGACGACGCCUGCGUGGAGCUGCGGCUCACCAGCCCCGGCCUGCUGAAGAGGCUGUCCUGCACCGCCGUGUACGACCUGCGGCCCGGGGAGAAGCUGAAGAUCCUCCACGCUCUGUGUGGGAAGCUGCUGACGCUGGUGUCCACGCGGGACUUCAUCGAGGACUGCGCAGAUGAGCAGAGGCAGGCCAAGCAGGAGCUCCGCGAGCUGAAGGCAGAGCAGCACCGCAGAGAGAGGGAGGAGGCCGCCAACAGGAUUCGUAAGAGGAAGGAGGAGAAGCUGAAAGAGCAGGAGCUGAAGCUGAAGGAGAGGCACGAGAAGCUGAAAGACGAGGAAGAAAGAAAUGGCUCUCAUGAGUCACGAGCGGCUCCGGAGGAGAUGGACACAAGUACGGAAAGCCAGGAGGGACAGAAUCACACACUGGAAAAGGAAGAACAGACUCCUCAAAACAAGGCCAAGAAGACAGUGAAGGGCAGCAGUGAGAAAGAGAAGCCGGCGGAGGUGAGCACGGAGGAGCAGCAGCAGAGGGAGCGGGACCUGCAGGAGCGCAUCCAAAAGGCGGCCGCCUGCACCUACAUCCUGCCGCUGGGCCGCGACCGCCUCUACCGCCGCUACUGGCUCUUCUCCUCCGCCCCCGGCCUGUUCGUGGAGGACGACUUCACCGGCCUCACCGAGGACAUGCUGCUGCCCCGGCCUCCGUCCAAGUCCGAGCCCGAGUCCCCGCCCGCCCCCUCCACCCCCGAAAGCCCGUCCCGGCGCGACGACGCCGACCCCGAGCCCCCCGUCCACAGCUCCGGCCCUCCCGUCAAACGGCCCAACCUGUGGGCCUUCUACAGCAGCCCCCAGGAGGUGGAGCGGCUGAUCGAGGCGCUGAACUCCCGCGGGCACCGCGAGAGCAGCCUCAGGGAGACCCUGCUGCUGGAGAAGGAGAGGAUCGGCCAGAUUCUCAGCAGCUGCGUGGCUCAGCGCUUCCACCACUCAGGUAAGCCAGAGAGCGAGGGCAAAGCAGGCCAGGGGAAGCAGAAGAGCGCCCCCGUCUCAGCCGAGCGCAACAUGGAGAACCGCCUCAGAGACCUGCUGCUGGACAUAGAGGACCGCAUCUACCAGGGCACCCUGGGAUCCGUCAAGGCAAUGGAGCGAAACGCCUGGAGGGCGGCGCUAGAGAACAGCCACUAUGAGCAGCUGGGCCCCGAGGUGAAGGAGAACGGGGUGCUGAAAGGAGAGAACGGAGAGACCGUCGCCAUGGACGUCGACUACAGCCACAUCAAACCCGGAGUGAAGGACAGACUCCAGGAGCUGAAGAGCGAGACGCAGAGCGCCGCCUCCACCAGCUCCAGCACCCCCCAGCCCGUCAACAACUCCGUGCAGCUCCUGGCCCUGGCGCUGGCCCAAAUCGAGCAGGGCAUCGAGCGCAAGUUCCUCAAGGCCCCGCUGGGAGAUGAAGAUGGCAGAAAGGACCAGAAAGUAAAGAAAAAGGAAAAGAAAAAAGAUGAGGACCAGUCCAGUGAAAAAGAUGACAGCAGCGAGAGCGGCCGGGCGUGUAAGACGGUGCAGGAGCGCUGGAGGGAGUCUCUGCUGGGCUGCUCCAGCCUGUCCCAGGUCUUCCUGCACCUCUCCACGCUGGAGCGCAGCGUCAUCUGGGCCAAGUCCAUCCUCAACGCGCGCUGCAAGGUGUGCCGCAAGAAGGGCGACGCCGAGAACAUGAUGCUGUGUGACGCCUGUGAGCGCGGCCACCACAUCCACUGCGUGCGGCCCAAGCUCAAGGCGGUCCCCACUGAGGAGUGGUUCUGCCCCGAGUGCCGGCCCAAACAGCGCUCUCGCCGCCUGGGCUCCCGCCAGCGCUCCUCCAUCGACUCUGAGGAGGAGCUGGAGUCAGAGGAGGAGGAGGAGGAAGAGGAGGAGGAGUCCGAAGAGGAAGAGGAGGAGGAGGAAGAAGAGGAGGGGUCCGAGGAGGAAGAAGAAGAAGAGGAAGAGGAGGAGGAGGAGGAGGAAGAAGAGGAGCAGGAAAGUCCUCCUAAGAAGAGCCGCGCCGCGGUGAAGCUGCCUCUGACCACCAAGGGAGGCCGAGCAUCCGGCAGGUCCGCCUCCCGGCAGCCGGACCCGGGCCGGUCCACCCCGCGCUCCCAGCAGACCACCCCCAAGCAGAGCCUGUCCGCCGGGAAGGCCGGUGCCAAGACCUCGGGCAAGAAGGGCCCCUCGGCCCCGCCCAAGCCCCCGCCCCGCGCCGGCUCCCGCUCCAGCGCCCGCCUCAGCCAGGAGGUCCAGUCCGCCAACGGCUCCUUCACCUCCAGACCCAGCGCCAGCCCGUCCCCCCCACACGGACAGACAGACGCCCGGAAACGACCUCUCGCAGAAGUCUCCCCCAAAGCCAAGCUGGUUCUGACUGCGCCCAGCAGCUCGUCCAGCCGCCGGAGCUCCGGGAGGCACCAGGGGGUGCACGAACUGUCGGCCUGUGAGCAGCUCACCGUCGAGCUGGUCCGACACGAGGACAGCUGGCCUUUUAAGAAGCUGGUCUCCAGAACCCAGGUUCCAGACUACUACGACAUCAUCAAAAAGCCAAUAGCUUUGAGCAUAAUCAGGGAAAAAGUCAACAACUGUGAAUAUAAAACUGCCGCUGAAUUCAUUGCGGACGUGGAGCUGAUGUUCACCAACUGUUUAGAAUACAACCCCCGCACCACGAACGAGGCCAAGGCUGGGGUGCGGCUGCAAGCCUUCUUCCACGGCGAGGUCCAGAAGCUGGGCCUCCCUGUCCCACAGGCUAUUGAUCAGACCAACCCCCCUCCAAAGCGCCCCAGAAUGUGACCUGGCCCGCUCCUUAUCGGUCGUAACACAAACUCGCAGGAAAGGCACAUGCAUGCCAGCUACACAAAUACAAAGGGGCUUUUCACCAAGUGGGCUUUGGGGAACCCUCUGAACACCCAGCACAGGGGGGGGGG